AUGAUUCACCAUAAGAAACGACCCCUCCCGUUGGAGGAAAUCGCACCUCCCAACAUACCCACGUAUGAGCGAGUGAUUCAUCGACAGAAAAUACAGCACUCUACCCCCGCACCAGACAUGCCCAGCAACGUCGACAAACGUCCAGAGGCCGAGGAGAAGCCUGAAGAGCAGAAGCCGGAGACAGAGGAGGAGGAAACGGAUGACGAUGAUGAGCGAGAACCAAUGUACGACAACACCAACUAUGACCACGUACGAUUUGACCCAAUAUGGUAUGGGGACUACCCGGAGGAUGAGAUCCCUUUCGAGAUUGCGGAGUAUCUUGGGGAGAACUUAGAACACGCACGGUAUCACCAGAUGGUCGGAUCAUCCCGAACGAUCUUCCACAUGUGCGGCCGGCCUGAUGUUGUGCGAAUGAUCGACGAUCCAGCCUACGUCAUUGAGGAUGAGAUUGUAGCUAUCCCGAUCGGGUGUUUCGCCGUCUCGUUUCUUCUCUCACGAUACCGGGAGGAAGGCGUCUUUCCCUGGGAGCAUGUACCUGGGCUGGAGAGUGGCGCGGUGAGAAAAUGUUCAAUCCCGCCGUCGGUUAUGGGGACGGUGUCAACGCAAGAGCUUAAGGCACUCUAUCCCUUCUCGCGACAAGUGAUUAGUGGUGAGACAAUCAAGGUAGUACGAGUCCAGGAUCACCCAAACUUGUCCAAAUUUGAGAAGGCCGCGAUGGCUCAUUUCACGGAUGGCCUUUUGCAGCGGAAGGAUACGUUAUUCCGAGGGCUGAGCUUGUUUGCUCUCGAACGAUCCCUGGCCUUCUUCCUCCCCGUUAUAAGCUCAACCAAUGCAGAAAACGAAUUUGGACCGGGGAUAUACACCACGGAAGCUCUGCACAUAGCGAAGAGAUAUGCAGGUAAAACCGGUGCUAUCAUGGUCUUUAGUACACCCGACGAGCGGCGCUUAAAAUGUUGGGAACCCACGGCUGAUGAAUGGCGACAAUUGACCGCGAAGUGGAUCGGCCUAUCAUUGUCCGAUAUAAACGUUCCUCCAAUUUAUCAGGCCGCAGAUGUCAUCAAGGGAGCCAUGUCGGCGGAUCAAACGAAGGCACACGGCCAAAACCGGUUUUUGAACCCAGACGACACCAAACAGACUGUCUUUGUCUCGUAUCGUGGGUGUGAGAGCUUGAGACGAGAACUUAAAGCUAUCAUCUUCAUCGAGUGGUCUAAAUGA